AUGGACAUACUCUUCGCUCAGAUCCAAGCGGACCUCCGCUCCAACGACGCUCUCCGCCAGUCGGGAGCCAUACUGCAAGCCCUCCAGCAGUCAGCCGCCGGCCGAGAUGUCUCCGUCAUCGCCAAGACCGCCGUCGACGAGAUCGUUGCCGCGCCGGCCUCCGCCAUCUGCAAGAAGCUCGCCUUCGACUUGAUUAGAUCCACUCGAUUGACCGCCGAUCUGUGGGACAACGUCCGCGUUGGAGUCCGGAACGACCUCCACUUCCCCGACCCGGACGUCACCGCCGCCGCCAUCUCCAUCCUCGCUGCCAUGCCGUCCUACUCCCUCUCCAAAGUCAUCACCGACUGCAGCACCGAGAUCGCCAGCUGCUUCGAUUCUCUCAGCGAUAACCUCCGGUUCUCGAUCACCGAGACGCUGGGAUGCGUUUUGGCGCGGGACGAUUUGGUCACGCUGUGCGAGAACAACGUGAAUUUGCUGGAGAAGGUUUCUAGUUGGUGGUCGCGUAUUGGGCAGAACAUGCUGGAUAAAUCUGAUGCCGUUGCCAAAGUUGCGUUCGAAUCCGUCGGGAGGUUGUUUCAGGAGUUCAAUUCCAAGCGAAUGAGCAGGUUAGCUGGGGAUAAGUUAGUGGAUAGUGAGAAUUCAGUAGCGAUUAGGUCGAAAUGGGUGUCUUCCAUGGUGGAUUUCGUUUGGAAGAGAAGAAAUGCUCUGAUGUCGCGCUCAUUGAUCUUGCCAGUAGAAACCUUCAGGGCUACUGUUUUCCCACUCGUGUACUCUGUGAAGGCUGUGGCAUCGGGGAAUGUAGAGGUGAUCAGGAAGCUCUCCAAGGCUGCAGGUGGUGCUAAUGGCACCGUGGUGGACUCCAAUGCUGAUAAGCUUGUUGGGGUUUCUGAUGUGGUGACGCAUUUGGCGCCGUUCCUGGGUUCCUCUUUGGAUCCUGCGCUGAUAUUUGACGUGGGAAUUAAUAUGUUAUAUUUGGCGGAUGUGCCUGGAGGGAAGCCUGAGUGGGCCUCUCAGUCGAUUAUCGCGAUUCUGACUCUUUGGGACCGGCAAGAGUUCUCUUCAGCGCGGGAGAGUAUUGUUAGAGCAGUUGUUACGAAUCUCCAUCUUCUUGAUCUUCAUAUGCAGGUUUCAUUGUUCAAAAGGCUGCUUGUUAUGGUUAGAAAUUUGAGGGCAGAAUCAGACCGUAUGCAUGCUUUAGCGUGUAUUUGUCGAACUGCACUUUGUGUUGACCUUUUUGCGAAGGAAAGUGUUCGAAGAGGCCAAAAACCUCUUGUAGGAACUGAUAUUGCUUCUCUCUUCGAAGAUGCAAGGAUCAGAGAUGAUCUCAACAUUGUGACCAGUAAAAGUUUAUUCAGAGAGGAGCUGGUUGCUUCAUUGGUGGAAAGUUGCUUCCAGCUAUCUCUACCUUUACCUGAGCAAAAGAACUCCGGAAUGGAGAGCAGAGUGAUUGGGGCUCUGGCUUAUGGAACUGCUUAUGGUGCGCUAAACUGGACAGAACCAGCUCUGGAGGUUGUGGAAGUUUGUAAGCCUUGUGUUAAGUGGGACUGCGAUGGCAGGACAUAUGCAAUUGACUGCUAUCUUAAAUUGCUAGUUAGGUUGUGCCAUAUCUAUGAUACUAGGGGAGGUGUAAAAACUGUAAAAGAUGGUGCUUCUCAAGAUCAAAUCUUAAAUGAGACAAGAUUGCAGAAUCUUCAACGUCAACUUGUCAAGGAUCUUCGAGAGGUGCAUACCCAACGAGUAUGUCCACGAGUCAUAUGGGCUAUCGCCGAACAUAUUAACUUAGAUGGGUUGGAUCCUCUUCUAGCUGAUGACCCUGAAGAUCCUCUGAACAUGAUAAUAUCAAACAUCCACAAAGUUCUUUUCAACAUGGAUUCAUCUGCAAGUACAACAAAUAGACUCCAAGAUGUUCAAGCAGUUCUUUUAAGUGCUCAGCGGUUGGGAUCCCGCAAUGCUAGGGCUGGCCAGUUACUGUCCAAAGAGCUUGAGGAAUUCAGAGGCAGUAAUUUGGCCGAUUCCGUGAGCAAGCAUCAGUGCCGCCUGAUUUUACAGAGAAUUAAAUAUGUUCAGGCUCAUACUGAUAGCAGGUGGGCUGCAGUCAAUGAGGCUAGAGGUGAUUACCCGUUUACCCACCACAAACUAACUGUCCAGUUUUAUGAAGCUGCUGCUGCUCAGGACAGAAAGCUGGAAGGAUUAGUCCACAAGGCUAUCUUAGAGCUUUGGAGGCCUGAUCCGAGUGAAUUGACAGUAUUGGUAACCAAAGGAGUCGACUCGUCAUUGCUCAAAGUUCAACCUCCUGCAUCCACUUUGUCUGGGAGUAGUGAUCCGUGCUAUGUCGAAGCUUAUCAUCUGGCUGACUCUGGUGAUGGAAGGAUAACACUGCAUCUUAAGGUCUUAAAUUUGACAGAACUUGAAUUGAAUCGGGUGGAUAUUCGAGUUGGCUUGUCGGGUGCAUUGUAUUUCAUGGAUGGAUCUCCCCAAGCUGUACGGCAGUUGCGUCAUCUUGUUUCACAGGACCCAGUGCUCUGCAGCGUGACAGUUGGGGUGUCCCAUUUCGAAAGCUGUGCUCUAUGGGUUCAGGUCCUAUACUAUCCAUUCUACGGUAGCGGUGCAGCAGGAGACUAUAAUGCCGACUAUAUUGAAGAAGACCCUCAGAUCCUCAGACAGAAGAGGAGCUUAAGACCAGAACUCGGAGAGCCAGUGAUCCUGAGAUGCCAGCCGUACAAAAUUCCGCUCACCGAACUCCUCUUGCCUUACAAGAUUUCACCAGUUGAAUUCUUUCGCCUUUGGCCUAGCUUACCUGCUGUAGUGGAGUGUACUGGUACUUAUCUCUAUGAAGGCAGUGGCUUCAAGGCAACUGCUGCGCAGCAAUAUGGCUCCUCUCCAUUCCUUAGUGGGCUGAAGUCAUUGUCUUCCAAGCCUUUCCACAGAGUCUGCUCCCACGUAAUCCGCACAGUGGCAGGAUUUCAGCUUUGCUAUGCUGCAAAGACAUGGUUCGGAGGCUUCCUUGGGAUGAUGGUAUUUGGGGCUAGUGAAGUGAGCCGGAACGUCGAUCUGGGCGACGAGACGACUACCAUGAUAUGCAAGUUUGUUGUUCGAGCAUCCGACGUUUCAAUCACCAAGGAGAUCGAGUCGGACUUACAGGGAUGGUUGGAUGACCUAACCGAUGGUGGGGUAGAGUACAUGCCGGAGGACGAGGUGAAGGAAGCAGCGGCAGAACGGCUGAGGAUCUCAAUGGAGCGGAUAGCAUUGCUGAAAGCGGCGCAACCUCCACCGAAAUCCGAAGUGGAAGAAGAGAAUGAGGACGAUGACGAUGAGGAAGAGAGGAAGAAAAAUGAGAAGAAAGAUGGGGAGGGGAAAGACAAAGCCAAGGAAGAGAAGAAAGGGACGCUGUCGAAGCUGACGGCCGAAGAAGUUGAACAUAUGGCGCUCCAGUCGGCUGUUCUGCAAGAGUGGCAUACUCUAUGCAAGGAGAGGAGCACCAAAAGCUGA